GUAGAGCAUCCAAAUCAAAAACUCAAUCGCCAUCUUGUGGGAGAAGAGGCAGGUCCUUUGGACAAUAGAAAGAUUGCGUUAGAAGACGUAGAUACAUUAUUGACACAUACUUUAAGCCGUAAUAGUACUCAAACGACAUGUCUAGGGACAGGUUUAACAGAAAUCGUGGCGGUGGAGGAUUUCAAAGAGGCGGACGAGGCAACGGCCUUGGACCUGGGGCUAUGCGAGGUGGAAUGGGCAACCCGAACUUCAGAAAUCAAAAUCAGCUCCCAUUUCAAAACCGUGGACCACAGCUUGGAAAUAACUUUGGGAAGCCACCCAACCAGGUUCCACAGUUAACCCACCAGAAGCCACAGCAACCUCCAAGUCUGGCUCAGCAGCUGAAUCGGCCACCGCCGACCCCUGGACCUGCGCUAACCAUGAAAGGCCCGGCACAGAUACAGCAGCAGGCCGCUGCAGCACAACAGCAGCAGCAGGCCGCACAGCAACAAUCCGCUGCCGCACAGCAACAACAGGCCGCUGCCGCACAGCAACAGCAGGCCGCUGCGGCACAACCAAAGAUGCAGUCUCCUCCACCUAAACCUGUAUUAUCGUCGCCCCCGCCGAAGCCUGUAAUCCCAUCACCUCAACCUAACCAAAUGAACAAGAAUCUGCAAAAACCAGGAGUUGGAAACGGUCAGAAAGCAUCGCCAUCGACGGUUAGGUCCAAGCAAGAACCUCAAAAACGGAAGAUAGACCGAGUUGAAGAAAACAGUGCACCCAAGGAGUUCAAAGCUACGUUAUCCUUACUGUUGAAACCUGGUGAGAAAACCUACACACAACGUUGUCGACUUUUCAUCGGAAAUCUGACCAACGAUAUCUCAGACGAUGAAUUCAAGAAGCUGUUUGCUAAAUAUGGGGAGCCCAGUGAGAUAUUCCUCAACAAAAGCAAAGGAUUUGGUUUCAUCCGGCUGGAGUCCCGUGCACUGGCAGAGAUAGCAAAAGCUGAGCUGGAUGAUGUCCCCAUGAGGGGCCGUCAGCUUCGUGUGCGCUUUGCAACACACCCUGCUGCUCUGUCCGUGAAGAACCUGUCACCGUAUGUUUCCAACGAACUCCUUGAAGAGGCCUUUUCUCAGUUCGGAUUGGUUGAGAGAGCAGUGGUCAUUGUAGAUGACCGCGGUCGUUCUUCUGGCAAGGGCAUCGUUGAGUUUGCUUCAAAACCCGCAGCCCGCAAGGCCCUGGACCGUUGCAAUGACGGAAUCUUUUUGCUUACCACGUCACCUCGUCCAAUUGUUGUGGAGCCUCUUGAACAGUAUGACGAUGAAGAUGGCCUACCUGAGAAACUGGCACAAAAGAACCCCAAUUAUCAAAAAGAGAGAGAGGAGCCGCCUCGCUUCGCCCGGCCCGGCACAUUCGAGUUUGAGUACUCGAAACGCUGGAAGUCCCUGGAUGAGAUGGAGAAGCAGCAGAGACAGCAGGUGGAGAAGAAUAUAAGAGAGGCCAGGGAGAAGCUGGAGGGAGAGAUGGACGAUGCCUUCCAUGAGCACCAGGCUAACAUGCUCCGCCAAGACCUGCUUCGACGUCAGGAGGAGCUACGCCGCAUGGAGGAGAUGCACAGUCAGGAGAUGCAGAAAAGGAAAGAGAUGCAGAUCAGACAAGAAGAGGAGCGUCGCAGGCGAGAGGAGGAGAUGCUUCGCCAGAGGGAGAUGGAGGAGCAGAUGAGGCGGCAGCGAGAGGAGAACUACAGAAUGGGAAACUUCAUGGACAAUAGGGAGAGAGAGAUGAGGAUGAAUGCUGGUGGAGCCAUGGGCGGCAUGGCAGAAAUGCCUUUUGGCAGCCCCAACCAAAAGUUCCCAAUGGGUGGGAUGGGCUUCGAGGGACAUCAGGGCAGGGGCGGCCCUGCAGGAGGUGCCAUGGGGAACGAAAUGCGCAAUGAGCGUUUCCCCCAAGGUGGUCCUAGGGGAAUGGGCCCCAAUAACCAAGGGUUUGGCAGGGUCCGUGAGGAGUUUGAUGGGCCGGCCAAGAAGCCUCGUUUUUAAAAGUUUAGUGUCAUUCUCAAAGCAGCGCUUUUGUGUAGAGAUUCUCUGAAUACCUUGAAUCAUUAUUGUAUUUAAGUUGAAAGUGUUCCUGCAUUUUAGCCUGAAGACUUAUACAUUUUAUGGCAAGUUUAGGUAGUUUAUCCUUUUAUUUUGUAUUUAGAGUAGUAUAAAACAAAUUGUUGGACCACCUUCUGUGAUCCAGUUAGCGCUCAUCCAUGUAUUAUUUCUUAUCCAGGUGUAUCAUGAUCUGUGACUCGUGUCGUAAGUGGUGAUAAUUGUAACGUUUUCUCACCUUUCUAUGGCUGUGUUUUGUGCCAUUUCAAAUUUUGGAAGUUAAACAUGUAAUACAAUAAAAACUACAAAUUGGUUCUCUCCAAAUUCUCUGCAAAUAUCAUUUUGACCUUUUUCUGGUUCCGAACCCAAAUUCCUAGUUCUAGGAGUUAAGUUGUCUUGAAGUAUGGAGACUUGCUAAAUUAAGAUAUAUUCAGUUUUAAUGGACAUUUAUAAUUCCAUGUGGAUUAUGGAACAAACCGGCAGUAUUAAGGGGUGCAUUGAUAAAACCUUGGAGCCUUAGAUGUAGUCUUGGCACAGCAGACAGUGGCUUUUUUUGGCAACAGAAAUCUUGGCGCUUGUUGGUGGUUUCCUGGACAGGUUGAGGUUGCAGGUUGACAACCUACACCAACUUAAUUUGAAGGCACACAUACUUGGGAGUUUGAGUUUUGAUGCAAUUUGUCAACUUUCUGGUGUGUUGAAUGCCGAAUUACAUGAAUUGACAAUUGUGCUGUGGUUUCUGUUGACAAAAUUACACUUCUGUCAAAUUGUUUUCCAUUUAUGUUACUUGGCUACACAUUUACUAUAUUACACAACUCAUUAUUGGGCGUUUAGAUUGUUGCCCAUUUGAUUUAAAUUUCAUUUAAUCGCUGCCAUAAAAUGUAUCAAAUCUACAAAACAGUAGUUAAUGCUCAGAACCGCAACAUAUCCUGAUGUAGACUUUCCAAGGUAAAAUGGCUCAGGCAUAAAUGCUGGAAAUCAUCUGUUCACUUGAAGGGGCCUGUGACUGAUACUUUGGCCUUACUUCAUUUGAUGACACUUCUCAUUUUUUCCGACAUCACAGUAUUCAUAUCGUCAAUCCAUCCAUCUGGAGAUUGUCAGGUCUUUGGAGACCAGCUCAUGCAAACCUGAACACUUGUAAUGCUAUUUCUGUGUGUUGGUUCUCUGUACAUUUCUUUUAACAGGUGUCCAUCUGAGAGGUCAUUGCAGGCUGUAAGAGAGACCAAGAACCCACAGUUUAGUCCUGUAAAUUCUUUCUUACAUCUCAUAGGAUUUGUAAUGGACCAUUGGGUGAAAAAAAAAUUAAAAAUUAAAAUUAAAUAAAAAUCUUUAAAUGGCAAAACGACGCUGUUGGAGAACUGAACUCAAGAUAUCCCUUGAAUGCAUAGUAAUGUUUCAUUUACUUUGACUGUCAUCUAGCCUGGCCUCAUAACAUGACCAGUAGUUAGAUCUGGCAUCCCAUCUUAGGAGAUAUUAAUGAUUCCUUUGUUUUUAGGUAUACUGUCCUUCAGCUAGCGAAAUCUGGACAUGCCUCUAAGAUGACAUGGCUAUACUAAACUCAACUCUGCCAACUGUUUUAGGUCUUAGUUGAAGUAUUGUAUUGCCUGGGUUCACAUACCUUAAAAUGAGUAUUGUGGUCUUUGUAGCCAACCAAGUGAAAGCUUACCCUUAAGCAACUAGGCAUGUCAGAGUGCAACGAAGAGGAGAUGGAGAAAGAGUAGUCUAUAAAGUGAACAAAACUACUUUGGCAAAAGUGUCUGACCGUUAUCAUUUAAGCGUACUCCAGUUUGCUUUGCAGUGAACUAGUUUACCAACAAAAAAAGAAUGAAGAACACUUAGUUCAAUAUUUGGUUUGUAGAAUCUUGUCCUGGUUUGGAAAAGGGUAUCAUUCCCAGAACCAUUGUAGUGGAACUGCUGGAACUCUCCGGCGGGCCUUCCCCUCCCAUAUACCUUCGUUCUUCAUCCUUCAGAAGCAAGAGACCUGUGGUACUGAGUUGUGGGGAGCGAAUGGCUUGUCUCUUGUCUGUGUCAUGUGUCUUGAGUGCAUGGGGGUGCAGUAGCUGUGCAGUAGAGGCAAAAACCACAGCCCAGACUGCCCCAUUCCACAGUUGAGGCUCCGGCAGUUGGUUACGUUGAGGAUGAUGAGUAGUACUGCAGAAGUCAGUGGACAGUAGAGCCUGGACUUGUUUGCAGCAAGAGGUAUGCUAACAGAUCUGCUGAAAAGGUAAGUGUCCCAUGUUUAUGAUUUAAAAAAAAUAUUGGAAAAUAUACCCAAACUUAACUUCUAUCUCUCUCUGCCACCCCACUGUUUUGUGGGGAAAUACUCUACAGGGCUUCUGGCAUCACACUCCUGAAGAAUGGAUUCACAGUGCAGUACUCCUCUGCCCCCAGCCCUCUUGUCUGUGGACUCAUGGCGAUAUGUGUGUGUGUUUUAGCGCGUGCAGUUUUGUGGCACUCCUCCUCUCACUUCAACUGGUCUCUGUACUAAAGCAAGCGUUUAUGUGGGUGGCUGUGUCACUGGCUCGUCGAGUAAUGUAGGUUUGUAUAACUGCAGACUGACACCAACAUAUUUGAGAUACACGCAAAUCCAUUCAGUGUAUUGAGGCAGCAAAUACUUCUGAGAGGAUCAGAACAGGUAGGAGGUGCUCAAACACCUUUUGGCAUGUAGACGUGAGUCUCUACGAAGGUAUAGCUUGUUGAUUUCAUUGCGGUUGUAUGUACUUCAUACUUGGAUGCUCUUAGGCCUUGUAGCAAUUGAGCUGGAUGUUUCACUGGGCUUGCUCUCGUCACCCUGUAGUACCAGUUUAACUUAUAUUAUAGAAUUGGUGAGAGGCAUAUUAGGUCUGUCUCUUAAUGCAGACACUUCCAGUUGUAAGAAGGUAAAAAAAAUUUUUUUUUUGCAUUUUGGCAGGUUCACAGAAGAUGCAUAUUCAGUGAUUUCCAGUUAUCACUUUUAUGGUACAUCUGGUCUUACACCAGGUUUUCAGAGAUUUGGAAUGAAGUGGGUUAACUCAGUUUUUGUGGUAGUUUGUGUGAAUAACUGAGUCUUUAUACUCAGUCUUUAAUAAGGCAUGUAUGGGCCUCUUUUGAUUACCAGUGACUUGAGUACUACAUGUUUGUGUGUGACAUCCUAUCUUCAUUUACUGUUAGGAACUAUUCAGCUGUACAAUAUUCAUUGCAAUCAAUAAUUUUCUGCUGUAAACACGUUGAAUUUCCUGUACCAUACUGCUACAUAAGACGCAAAACUCAAGCUAUUUUAGGCCAGCAAUCCUGAUCACUGCUAUAUUGUCGUUCUGAAACCUAUAUCUGUAUGUCAGAAUUAUCUGACAACUGGGUGUAUUUUCAAAGAUUUUUCAGCCAUUAAGAGAUGGAAGUGAUGGCCAUCGUCGGUUGUGGGGGGUGGGGGGGUGGGUGGAUGGUACAGGGGAUGGGUGUGGGACAGUUGGCUCCAGUCUUUUCAUACUUGUUCAACUAUGUGGCUACUCGCUUAUAAUGCGACCAGGAUGUAUUUUUCUCUAUCCAUUUGGACUUCUUUCCUGACACCUAUUUUUAUCCUGUUAUAUAUAUAUAUAUAUAUAUAUAUAUAUAUAUAUAUAUAUAUUUUUGUACUUCUAUAAUUGCUUCUAAGCCAGUGACCGGCCAGCCAAUUUGUAAUGUUUCACCAGAACUUUUGACAAACUUUCCGUGUGACUUGUAUGUGAACUGUUGUCUGGAGCUUAAAAAGUGUGUAUUGAGUCUGUAGCAGCUGGUCUUCAGGACAAAAUCUUGUGUACAUCAAGCACUGUGAGCAAUCAAUGCAGCCCCCAGUGGGCCGCCAACUGUGUCUGCACUGUGAUCCAUUCCCCCAUCCGUAGCCUUCACUUCUUUGAGUGGUAUGGCAGCUUCUCCUUACUCCAGAGUCAGAGUGUGGUGCCAGAACUACCCUCCAGGCCCCUUGGCCUCCACCGCUGGGCCGAUGCCCACCCCCCACACGGCUACCCCCCCUCCUGUCCCUAAACGCGUUCUGCCAGAGUGAUCCAUCGACUCCGCAAAUAGCCAUCCUGAUGUUUUAAGGUGAAAUGGCUCUGAUGUAACUCCUAAACCCUUUCAGGGUUUUUGCAGUAACAGCAUUUCUGAAGUGUCUCAGUCCAUCAAGUCAAGCUUACCUUCACCUCUAGUUCUCUUACCUCUCUUUCACCUCUCAAACACUUAUUUAUUUUUUCACGUGACUGAAGGUUACCCUGAACCAUUUUUACCCUUCAGCAGUUUCUUGAAAGAAUUUAAUUCAUUUUGUAGUAUACAAUUUUGUUAAAUUGUUAUUCAUUGACACAUUCACUGAAUCCCUCUCUUUUCUACUUUAUUUAUGGUAGUCCAGUCUAGAUAUGCAUAUCCUAAACAUUCAACUCGAAUGACUACAUUUGUAGGUUAGCCAUCCAACAUGCACACACACUCAAGUAGAAUCUUAGGAGUUUUGUAGACCUUGUUCAUGCUCCACUCUCAUUGUGUGUGUCUUACCACAGGAGACUCAAGUGAUAGAGGGAGGCUGAGAAGUGACUGCCUGUCUCUCACAUGAAUAACUGAAGACUGAUGUCUGUAUAAACCUAAGCAGAGGGCACCACAAUGACUCUUCGUAGCCCAAUGGCUGGAUGGAUGCUGAACGGUAGAGUCCUGAUGCGCAGGUGGAGCUCCAGAGUACUAGAGAAGGUGUUCUUUCAAUAGUGUGACACCUAAUUGAAGCUUGUUUUCUGCAGUUUCGCAAUAAAAAAAUUAAACUGG